AUGGAGACUUUGGAGGAAACUGAACUCUGCUUCCCACAACUCCUGAACACCUCCUGCAGGAAACAAAUAAUUCCUCACUAUGAGGCCAUGCUGAUUUACAUUGUGCUGUCUUCUAUCUCUGUGCUCACUGCAACUCUUAACCUGCUGGUCAUCAUCUCUAUCUCCCACUUCAAGCAGCUCCACACUCCCACCAACCUCCUCCUCCUCUCUCUGGCUGUCUCAGAUUUCUUCAUUGGCCUCCUCCUGUUGCUUCAAAUUAUGCUUAUGGAUGGCUGCUGGUACCUAGGUGACCUCAUGUGUACUGUGUAUCAGUAUCUGGCAUACGUUAUUGCUUCUGCCUCAGCAGGAAGCAUGGUGCUCAUAUCAGUUGAUCGAUAUGUGGCUAUUUGUGAGCCUCUGCAUUACUCUACUAAAGUCACUAAAAAAAGAGUUCAAGUCUGCAUUUACCUGUGUUGGAUAUGUUCUGUAAUCUUUCAAAGUCUGGUUCUGAAAGAUAUCCUGAAACAACCAGGCUGGUAUCACUCUUGCAUCGGAGAGUGUGUAUUUUUCAUUAACUAUAUUGCUGGAAUUGCAGAUCUUUUGUUUACAUUUAUCUUUCCCAUUACUGCCAUAAUAGUGCUGUGUAUGAGAGUACUGGUGGUGGCUGUGUCUCAGGCUCGUGCCAUGAGGUCUCAAAUUGCAGGUGUCCCACUCCAGCAAGUGAAAGUAACAGCUAAAAAAUCUGAGCUGAAAGCAGCCAGGACUAUUGGUGUUCUCGUAGUUGUGUUUCUAGUAUGUCUUUGCCCAUAUUAUUGUUUCGCUCUUACAGGCCAAGAUAACUUGAUGAAUGCUUCAUCUGCUACCUUUGUAUUGUGUUUAUAUUACUUUAACUCCUGUCUGAACCCUCUGAUCUAUGCCUUUUUUUACCCCUGGUUCAGAAAAUCUAUUAAGCUGAUUGUUACACUAAAGAUCCUGCAGACUGACUCCCGUGAGGCCAACAUACUGUAGAGACACUGCAUGCUUUCUGCUCUGGAGAGGAUGUGGGUGUUUUUAAAUAUGUUGCAGGACCUGUAGAUGUUAUUAUGUCAGUUAAUUUUCCUGCCAUUGUAAUCAUAGCUGCUUAGGGUUUGUUAUUGUUCAUGUACUUUGGACAAAGCACUGUCUCUAUGAUUAACUGUUUAAUCUGCAACUAACACGCCCAUGAAACACUUUUUGUUCUGCUUUCUGUGUCCUCCAGCACAGUAGACUUGAUAAUAAACAUUGAGUUUAAAGCCACGGCGCCUAGGUGUAAUUUGAAGCUGUUUAUAGAACAAUGUAGGUAAGUUUGCACAUGACUGAAGUCUGCAACCCACAGACACUUAUUGUACUGCAUCUUCCUGUAAUGCAGCCACUUUCUAUGUUAACGCCCUCAAACAUUUAAAACAGAGUUAACAAUAAACAGUAACACUAGAACCUGAGGAAUUAAUAA